AUGGCGGCCAAGCAGAACAACAUUUCCAUUAAUAGUAUUAAAGACGAAAGCCGCCGGUACAAGUCGACGUGGGGUCAACGCGCCUGGUUCGCGUGUGGCUGCGCCACGCUGCUCAUCUCCAUAGCAAAGUCAACCCUACUAAUAAUCGCCGCAUCUCCGGUGGGUCCAUUGACAUGGGUGGAGCUAACCCUCGCCGCCUUGAUCGGCUACGUGGCGGCGGACCUCGGCUCCGGAAUAUUCCACUGGGCCAUCGACAACUACGGCGGCGCCGAGACCCCCAUUUUCGGGUCCCAGAUCGAGUCGUUCCGGGCCCACCACCAGCACCCGGCGGACAUCAUCAAGUGCGACACCGCCGGAGUUCUGUAUGUAGUGUCGGCGGCGACGGCCUUCGCCGUUUUGCCGUUCAACGUGCUCUCCGGCGACGCGGUUCUGCUCGUGCUCGUCGGCUCGUUCGCCGGCUUCGUCAUGUUCAGCUUGAAGUUCCACGCGUGGGCCCACACGCCGAGGAGGAGGCUGCCGCGUGUCGUGGCGGCGCUACAGGACGCCGGAGUCAUUCUGCCGUGGUCAAACCACGUGAAGCACCACCGGCCGCCGUUCGACGGGUAUUUCUGCACGGUGAGUGGGGUUUGGAACAGGGUCUUGGAUGAGUACAAGUUCUUCUCGGCGGCGGAGGCGGUGGUGCUCCGUGUCACCGGAGUGAGGCCGCGGUCGUGGUCCGAGCCCGGCUCCGAUUGGAGCCAGGUUUCGGAUUAA